AUGGCUUUAACGCUGCCUAACACGUUCCUUCAGAGAAAGCUCCCUCCUCCUCCAGCGCCUUCUCAUCUUCAGUGUCUUCCGGGCAAGAAGGCGAGCUCCGGCGGAGCCAGCCGGCCGAAGUGGAGUUGCCGGAAGAAAGACAUUCAUCCGGAAUUCUACGAGGACGCGAAAGUGUACUGCAACGGCGAGCUGGUGAUGACGACUGGCGGCACUCAAAAGGAGUACACGGUGGACGUGUGGUCCGGCAACCACCCCUUCUACCUCGGCGGCCGCUCCCAUCUCCUGGUGGACGCCGACCAGGUCGAGAAGUUCCGCAAGAAGUUCGGCGAGCUCACCGAGAUCAUGGAAAUCCCCGUCCUCAAGGGCGAGAUCGUGCUUCCCCCCAGGCGCAAGUCUGGCGCUGGCAAAGGCGGCAAGAAGAAGUAA